AUGGACCCUUCUGAUUCAGUUGCCGAGAUAUUCGACGUCACUCCCGUGCGACCUCGUCCCGUGCUCGCCCCUCGAGUGCCAGCAAUUACAGCCCUUGCCACUGCAAGACGUGCGCCAAAGAGACGUAAAAAGCUCAAAUGGCGGGCACGUGACGUACAGGCCUCGCUAGAGUACAACUUAAACCUAGACGUGAUGAACCUUCACCAGGAAAUCCAACGUUUGAUGGAGUACCAGCAGAUACUGCAGGCACGGACUAUCAAUCGUCGUGAUGACUUAGAUGGUUACUACGUUAAGGCGAUAAUGGAGUACCACCGUGUGUUCGAAAACGGGUACCACCCGGGGGCUACAAUUGACGGAACGCAAUUCGUCUUGCAAGUCAUGGACGAGAAUAUUACCAUUGGUCGCUUUGCUGGACGUGCAGUAUUAUUCCAUCAGUGGGAACAGUACACGAAAGCACUUUCUGGACUCGAACUUCGUUAUUUGCACUCGCGUGUUGCAUCCGGGGAAGAACAAACGAUUGUGACAUCGUACGCCAGCUGUAGAUGCGUUAUCACCCAGGACACCCUGGACGUGAUGUUCCCGAAUGUGAUGCGUCAACAUCCGAACAUUGCGGCAAAGAUGCUAGGGCGGGUAUUCAAUGGUACAGGCCAGUUUGCCUUCACGUUCGAUACUCAGACGCAUUACGUCGUUUCAUUAGACUUUGAAAUUGACUUUCUCGAGGUGUUUGCGCACCUGCUUCGAAACCCGAGAGAGCUAUGUGCUAUGUUUCAAGGCGCUAGAAUUACGGAGGAGUUUCUGAUUGGCGACGUGACUUCUUACCAGGAACGGAGGCCACACUAUGAAGAAAACGUUGGCCCUACGGUAACAGAAGUCGAAGAAAAGGAGGAGGAGUCUAGAAGUGGUUUGAGUUUAGAAGAAACGUGGCACUGGGGCAACGAAAACAAAGAGCGACGAUAG